GAGGCACUCAUUUCUGAAGUCAAAUUCAACCUGCAGACUGCAGACUGUACUCCUGUAACAGAAACUAUUUUAGGAGAGAGGAACUGGAAAUGGACACAUGACCGAUACAGAUGUGUAUUUUCAUGUAUGUGAAAUUUCACCCUCUUAGGACUGAGUACUCUUGGACAGCAAAUAUGGAACCAGAGGGAGAAGGUCCUCUCGCCGUUGUUCCUGCAUCAGGCGACCAGCAAGGGACUGGAGAGACUGAAGCUGCAGAUGCUCCUGAAGAUGAAGGGAUUUUCUUACCAGCCAAGCCUGACGCAACAUUGGACAACCAAGGAGAGCAGGAACUAGAAUCCAAAAGAAAUGAAGAAGAUGAAUCAGAUACGAAGUCCAUGACAAUUGUCUCGGAUGACGACAGCGAUGUUGACACAAAGAAUAUAAUAACUUCUAGUAGGAGAAGAAAAGCCAUUCUCUCGGAUGAUGAAGAUUCUAAUUCACUUUCUUCACGUCCUGUUAAUAAAGGUUUCCUUAGCAGUGAUGAAGAACAGGAAGAAGAGAAGGAUUUAGACAAGAAAUCCAAGAGUACAAAAACAAAGAGGAUUGUGCAAAGGAUUGGCUCUGAUAGUGAUGACAGUGAAUCUGAGAUUUUCCCAAGGAACGCUUCUGAUCAGCCAGCAGUAGCCAUUAAACCAUACAAGUACAACAGUGAUCUGUUUGAUGCUGAGCUGACAGAUGAAGAUGAGCCAAAAGCUAAGGUUGGGGAAAGCCUCUCUCCCCCACGGCCACAGUAUUCAGAUGACGAGAAUGAGAGUAGUGCAGUCACUAGCAAGAAAAAGAAGAAAAAAGGUCCAUCUUUGAAAGAGAGGCAACAGGAAGUUAUGGACAUACAUAGUGAAACCCAACGAAUGGUGCGUGAUUCCCAGAUAUCUCUACCCUAUCACAGGCCCAAGCAGAGAACUCUGGCAGAAUUUCUAGAAAGACGGAAGAAAGUUGCACCUUCACUGAGUCUCAAACACGGCAGCUUGAAGAUGAGUAUGCGAGAUAUGGCAACAUUAAAGUUGUUAGAAGAAAAGAAAAAGGAAGUUGAAGAAUUUUACAAAUCAGACUCUGAUCAAGAGGACCCGGAAGACAGAGACUGGACUCCAGGGAACAAUCCUGAUGGAGACCAGGCAGGUCAGGAUAAAGAAAUGGAUAAGGAAAUGGAAACUCAGCUUCCUCCCCAGGCUGGUAGUAAUGAAGAUCUUCCAGACAUAUCUCAGAAUGUUGGCACCCCUGAAGAAGGCAAGACUGAUAAUGCUGAGGAUUCUUCAAUGCAAGUAGAUAAGGAAGCUCACCCUGAUAUGGGAACCAUGGUAGGGGAAUCCACAAAGAAGAAUGUAGAUGACUCAGGUAUUCAGAGUGGGGCUUCAUCUUCUGCUGAGGACUCUCAGCCAGAUCAGGAUGUGGUAAUGGAAGACGUUACACAUGGUGCAAAGGAUGCUCAAGAUGAUGAACUUGAAAUAGAGGAAUAUCUUCCUAAAGCUGCAACAGAAGAAAAAGACAGUCUUGAAAUAAUUUCAUCAGACCCAAAAAGCCCCCAAAACUCUGAGGCAAAGAGUGGAAAGAAGAUUGAAACUCCCAAAUUAAAUCUUCUUGCAUCAAAAUUGCCAGACUUGGACCUAAACAAGAUCACAAAGACAACCCCAAAGUUAAGUCUUGGAAAUGACUGUGACUUCAUUGAUCUGGAUGAAGAACCGACUGUAACACCAAAGAACUCAGGAUUGAAUGAGCUGAUGAAUCGCUUUGUUCGACACUCCAAUACAAAGAGGAAACCGGUAGAUAAGCAGCAAGUGAAUUUAAGUGUUGUAUCAAAGGAGAAGGGUGAGGAUGGCUCGGAAAAGCUUGUAUCAUCCAACAUUAUUGUGAAUCUCGAUGCUGAAGAUGAGGAUAUGCCAACUGAAACUGUCCCUGGAGCACGUCAUAUGUCCCUUAAAACCGCUCUCCAAGCAAAAAUCAGGGAACAGCGAGAACGAGAGAGAGUACGGAGAGUUAAGGAGCGGCAGUUCAUGGAGUCUGAGCAAGUCAUAGAAGAUUACCAAGACGAUGGACCUUUCCUGGAUGAGGAAAAGGAGUUUACUGACCAGAGCGACACAGACUGUGAGUCCGAGCCCGAAGAAAAUGACAUCAUCAUCAAGGAUAAGAAGCGCAAGAAGAGCAAAUAUCUGGAUGAAGAGGCUGAAGAUGACGAUGAAGAAGAGGAUGAUGAAGCUAAUGCAGAUGAGGAAGAGGAUGAAGAGGGUGAUGAUGAUAAUGAUGAUGGAGGAAAUCAAGAAGCAGAGGAUGAUGACAGCAAUGAUACCGUGGAGCUACCCAGCACUCGCAAGAGGAUAAUCAUGGAUGAUAAAGAUGAGGAUAGUGAUGGAGACCACUUGAAGUUACAGUGGGAAGAGUCAGAAGAUAUUAAUGCUCAGGUCAAGUCCAAAUCACUCAUUGAAGGCUUGACACGUACAAACACAGAGGACCUCUUUGCCUCACAGUCUAAAAAAAUGGACUCACUGGACAAAGAUGCAAGCAUUACAUCCAUGGAUUCAAGUUUUGAAUUUUUUGGAUCUGUCAUCCCUGGCCAUCAGCCAGGUGGUGGACUACGCCGCAGUGGAGAGAGCAUGCCCAAUGAAAAUGAUGGUGAAACUGCUUUCCUUACUCCAUUAACUAAAACUAAAUCUGGCAGUUUCAGUAGUGUUGGGCGAGAUCGUGACUUAAGCCUUCCCAUAGAAAACUCUCAGGAUCUCUUUAUAUCAUCAGCACCACAUAGUGCUCCUGGCUCUCCCUCCACAGAAGGUCCAAAUCUUCACCUUACCCCAAUAGAAGACUCCCAGUUUGGCCCUCAAGAAACGCACAAAGAAGCUAACCCUAUGGCCAAGCUGAAGUUGGAUUUCACAGGCAUAGAGGGUUCCCAAGAUGGAGACGAACUGAUUGGGCUUUGUUCUGGACAGUUUACUGGAAAGGAAGCAUCAUCAAAGGUAGACCAGUUGUGUGAAGAGGAGUUUGCCCCAACACAGGACAUGAACAGCCUCAUGGGCCUUUGUUCAGGCACCUUUGGUAUGGAAGAUAAAGACAGGCCCAAUGCCUUUGCUUCGCUUACUGAGUCUCAAGACAAGAAAAAUGAGGAUGAGGAGGAUGAGCUACUUGGUCUGUGCACCGGGAAGUUCACCAUGGAAAAUGCAAAGAAGUCUAUAAAUGAUGGAAAGGAAUCAAAUGAAGAUGAAGAAUCAAAAUUGCAUUUUGACGACGACAGAACAUCCUCACCCGUACCUGAAAUGGUAGUAUACUCAUCAGAUGAGGAAGAACCAGAGAGAAGGAAGAAAGUCAAGAAAAGGAAACGAAUCUUGGCUUUCUCUGAUGAUGAGGAUGCACAGGGACCAGUUGAGUACGACGAUGAAGAAAAUGAAAUACCACGUACAACAUUCACAGGUUUCAAAGAUAAGAGAAAAGGAGGCAUCAGAGCAGACUUCUUAGAGAAUGAGGCUGAGCUCUCUGGGUCUGAGGAAGACUCUGGUGAUGAAUAUGAAGGCGGAAAUGACUUCAUGGAGGAGGAGGAGGGUGACAGGGAGCAGUUUGAUGAGAAUGACUUAGAAAUCAGGUUGGUCGGGCACAUUUGA